AUGUCGAGCACAUCACAGCAGGUGUUGAGCAAUCGCGAGUACGAUACAUUAGUGAAGGAGAAACGGUUGGAGGCCUACAAGAAGUGCGAUCCGAUCGUGCAAGAAUUUGUCGCAUGUACCAAGGAGUAUAUGCUCUCUGUGGGAUGGGCCUGCAAGGAGCAGAGCCAGAAGAUGCGCGAGUGUCUGCACCAAUAUAUGAACCCAGAGAGUCUGCUGGAGGCAGAGAAAGAAUAUCUACGAACCCACCGCAAACUAGCGCGUACCUCAUAG